AUGCCGGCGAUGAUGCCUGAUGGCGUCCGACGAAGUCUUGUCACUUUCGUCAGCAGCACAAUUUUAACAAAUACGACUCUGGACAAAUGGAUACAACUGGUGUACGACUUUGACAGCGUGAUGCAUUAUGGGAAUUAUGCCUUUUCGAAGAAYAAAAAACCGACAAUGCUGUCAAUCAAGGAUCCUAUGUUGAACUUCGGAAGACUUAGGCCAACGUUGAGUAAAACUGAUAUAGUACAGCUUAAUGCUCUUUACGAUUGUAAAACUAAAUCGGGAGGUUGGAGCUCAUGGACCGGUUGGGGACCGUGUAACCUCGGUUGCGUAAAGACAAGAGAACGAUUUUGUACGGAUAAAUCUCGACGAAAUUGUCCCAACGUGGAUCGCAAUGGGAUCCAGACUCAGGCAGCCAAWUGCCGAAAAGAUGAAUGUAAUGUACCAAUCCCUGGGCACUGGGGCCGCUGGGCACCAUGGGGGAAGUGUAGCAAUCAACGCAGACAAGUCGGACAAGGUUUCCAAACAAGAUCAAGACARUGUGACAACCCUCGCCCUCAAUUUGGAGGAAAAUUCUGCAAGGGAUCUUUUGUAGAAGUACAAGACUGCUGAAUAAAUAAGAAGUAUUUUAAUACAUUUUCUAUACAAAAUUGUAAAUUUUUUCCAUUUCUGAUUUGUCGAUGCACGAACGUAUCUAGAUCUCUGACUCAAGGACGAAUCAUUAAAAAUAAACAA